UUAUAUAACUGCAAAUUGGCUAAAUUCUCGUGAGACAGCGAACAAAUGAGGCAGAAAGAAGAGAGAGAAUUGAGUAAACUAAAAUGCAAACACUUACACUCUGAUUACUCAUUUACUUGAGAAGAAAUCUUCCAUAAAAUUAUAUUUCUCUUUCUCCUUUACUUCUGAAGAAUCGUAUUCAAUCGAUUUGAAUGAAAUUCGUAGUUCGGUGUUCAAUGUAUAGGUCAGCUUUUCUCUCUUUCAGAAGUCGCUCAAAGCAGACGCUCAAUUUUCUUCAACGGGUUGAUCCAUCAAAAAGGUGCCAGAGUCGUGGUUAUGCUAAAUCUGCGAGAGAGACGUCUGAAAGAUCAAGUGGCCAAAAAUUACUGUCAGAGACUCAUCCAAGUACUAAUUAUAGGUCAUUGAUGGCUUUUGCUAUUCCAAUUGCUUUUCUCGGAGUGGCUGGUUAUGCUCGUUACAAUGAUGAGAGAAGAGCUACUCAGAAAGGUGAAGGAGGGAAGGAAGCAAUUACUUCCAAGGGGCCUACUAUUGGUGGUCCAUUUAAUUUGAUUAAUACUGAGCGACAAACAGUAACUGAACGUGAUCUCCUUGGACACUGGGUGCUCUUAUACUUUGGUUAUACAUCAUCACCUGAUGUAGGGCCAGCGGAAUUGCAGAAAUUGGCAAAGGCCAUUGACAUAUUAGAGUCCGAACAGAAUGUUAAAGUUCUACCUGUCUUUGUCACAAUUGAUCCUCAGCGUGAUUCACCUUCACAGCUUAAAGCUUAUCUUGGAGAGUUUGAUCCAAGGAUACUAGGGUUAACUGGACCUGUCAACUCUAUCCGGCAAAUGGCACAAGAGUAUCGAGUAUUUUUUAAAAAGGUUGAAGAGGAUGGUAGUGACUAUCUUGUCGAAUCUUCUCAUACAAUGUACUUAAUGAACCCAAAUAUGGAAAUAAUGGAACGUUUCGGGCUAGAGUAUAGUGCUACAGAGAUGGCAGAAGCUAUAGCCAAGGUGUUAAAGAAAAGUGCAACUUAAUAUUCUAUUCUGCAUCUUCUUGGAGGGAGGGGAAAUUCGUAUAUGUGAUCGAAUCAAGAAUUUUGGAUUCACUGGCUCGUAGAUAGCUGAUUGAUACAAAGCACCAAAACUUGAGAGGUUCCUUGACAAUGUGCUUCUGAAACUAACAGGCAUUUCGGUUUAGCUUCUCAGACUAGAUAUAUUUGGAAACAGACGUUGCAGUGUUUAUGGGUUAUAUGUUUUUUUUUUUUUUAAAAUUUUAAAUUUUCUGGAUUAAGCAAGCAGAAAAUAUCUGUUUCACAAUGAUAAUUGUUGCCUAAGCAGGCAUUUUAAAGUUGCGAUAAUUAUAAAAGUUGCAAGAUAAUGAUAUGUUAUCAUUUAA